AACUUUGUUUUCGUUUCUCGUCGAGGCGAGAGUCCAGUUUGAGAUCGCUACUCGUUAGGAAGAGCGGUAAUUUACUUAAGAUAAUCAAUUUAACAAAACAUCAAUUCAAAAAGGACAUUUCUACUCAAACAAACAUAGCCAUCCUUAAUUCUAUAAGUACCAUAGUACAUGGUCAUUUGGCAAGUGCAUAGUCAAAAAAUCGUUCAACUUGGUUCAACUCCAACGGUUGACACGAUAUACAGAUGAUAGAUGUGCAAUUCUCUUUAAGUGGAAGCUAAACAAACUAUUACAAUGUUUUCCCUCUGACCUUUCAACAAAAGUUUUCAACAUGAAACUGUACGCGCUUGGUAGGAACUGCAAAGCACCUUGUUACGUGCUUAAGUUUAAACAAACAACAAUUAUGCUGGAUUGCUCUCUAGAUAUGUUGCCUUCUCUUAAUUUUACUCCACUUCAUUUGGUUGAAAAGAAACAGGGUCAAAGUUUUAGUAAACCUUGGUUUGCGAGAGAGCUCCAUGAUUUUGAUGGUUUUGUUGAUGAAAAUAACAUCAGAGAAAUUGCUGGAAAUGUAUUUGUAGACAGUGAACCAGAGGUUUUACCUCCUGAGCUUGAUUUGUUGGAUUUAUCAACUGUUGAUGUGAUAUUAAUAUCCAAUUGUUUUUUUAUGUUUGCCCUUCCAUAUAUUACUGAGCAUACCAAUUUCUCAGGUACAGUCUAUGCCACAGAACCCACACGUCAAAUGGGAAGUGAAUUAAUGCACGAGAUUGUUUCGUUUGUUGAGCGAGUGCCAAAAUUGGUCAAUGGCACUUCUUGGAAAAACCUGAAAUAAAAGGUAGAACUCUUUCGUAUUUUAAGGCUUCUUCCUGCUCCAUUAAAGGAUGCAUUAAAUGUGGAAUCAUGGUGUACACUCUACAGUGUUCAUGAAAUACAAUCCUGUGUAUCAAAGAUACAGACUGUUGGGUUCUCUGAAAAACUAGAUUUGUUUGGUGUAGUCCAGUUAACUCCUGUUAGUUCAGGUUUUUCUGUUGGAAGCUGCAACUGGAUAAUCCAAACGGAGUAUGAGAAGAUAAGCUAUCUAUCAAGUUCAUCUUUAUUUACCACGCAUCCUCUACCAUUUGAACCAACCUCGUUAAGAGGCACUGAUGUGUUGAUAUUAUCUGGAUUAAAUGAAUCACCCACCUCAAAUCCUGACGCCAUGUUGGGCGAAUUCUGUACAAAUUUAGCCGGUACGAUAAAAGGUGGUGGAAAUGUUCUCAUACCUUGUUAUCCUUCUGGUGUAAUUUAUGAUUUAUUUGAAUGUCUACAAUCAUACAUGGAUAGUGCUGGACUUACCUUUACGCCAAUCUAUUUCAUAUCACCCGUUGCUAACAGUUCUUUGGCUUAUUCCAAUAUUUACGCUGAAUGGUUGUGCCAAAGUAAACAAUGUAAAGUGUAUCUUCCCGAACCUCCAUUUCCUCAUGCAGAGCUUGUUAAAAAUGGUAAACUUAAACACUUCCCAAAUCUUCAUGAUGGUUUCAGUGCUGUAUUUAAAACGCCAUGUGUAGUUUUUGCUGGUCAUCCAUCUUUAAGAUAUGGUGAUGUUGUUCAUUUUGUUGAAAUGUGGGGAAAUUCAAGUGCAAAUACAAUCAUAUUUACUGAACCUGGUUUUCCGUUUAUGGAUGCUCUUGCUCCGUAUCAACCGCUUGCUAUGAAGUCUUGCUACUGUCCAAUUGAUCCCAGGUUGAAUUUUGGUCAAGUGAACAAAACGUUAAGAGAUGUGAAGCCUCGUUAUGUUGUCAUCCCAGAAGAAUAUACAGUUCCACCGCCAUUUUUACCUCACAGAGCAGAUCUCAUUGUUCAAACUGAAAAUGACAUUCAAAUUCUACCAAUUAGUUAUCCUCAGGUUAUUGACAUUCCUGUUACUCGAACUUAUGAGAAAGUUUGUUUAUCAAACAAGCUAGCGGGCUCUUUAUGUCCACAAGAAGUGAGAGCUGGCACUGCUGUUGUCAUGGUUACUGGUUCUUUACUUAAUAAGAACAACAAGUACUCACUACAAGCGCUCGAAAGGCCAUUUGAAAGUUCUCUGGCAAAUAAGUGUUUAUGUGGUGAUUUAGUUAUUGAUGAACUGGUUUCAUCACUAGCAAAGAGGGGAAUUACUGAUGUACAAGUAGAAAAAACUCCUAAUGGCCAUACAGUGCAUCUGAAUGAUGAUGACGCAAUGGUUACAUUAGAGAAGGGAAGUACACAUAUCAUCACGCAUGGCAAUGAUCAACUAAGGAAAUAUAUUAGAGAUGCAUUGUUGGAAUGUUUAUCAACAAUGUGAUUGGCUGUUUAAAUAGUACCAGACAAUGUGAUUGGCUGUUUAAAUAGAACCAGACAAUGUGAUUGGCUGUUUAAAUUUACAAACAAAGAUGUGCAUUUACUGUUUAUAGUACUAAGCCUGAAAUGGCAUUUCGUGCUUAAUUUGUCGGUUUCUUUUAUAUGUUUCUUGAAACAACUAGUUAAAAUGAGCUUUACAAAGGUUUAUGUGUAGUCGAUUUAGAAACAAACUACACAUAUGUUACAUGGUGAUAAACUUUCGUAAAUUAGAUUAUUUAAUUAUGAGAAACUUUGACAUUGAAAAGAAAACAUUGAAAAAUUCAUCGUUUUUUUAUAAGUUGAGUUUCUAUAAUACUAGUAAACGACAAUUGUAUUAAAAGUACAAAUGUUAUUGUAUAGGGAAAAUUAAGUUGUUUUUAACUCAUAAUUUUUCGUGAUGUCGUGGAAGUUUAAGAUUUAGGAUGAUGUUCAAUAAAAUGAUUGUUGAGUUUUAAA